AAACAAAUAAUCAUAAUUAGUAUAAUCUUGAGAUGUACGAAAAUAAAUGUAGUAGUGAUAUUAUGCAGCAAGUUUGGUUGUUUAAUUGCGCGAGGCAAUGAAUGAUUCAUUUAAUUCGCAGUAAAUGUAAUAAACAUUGGUAUUUGCAAGCCGUUAAAAGCGGGUGGCGCAUGUCUACGAAAUGUAGUAUUGUGUUCAUCUAAAUUUGUACAUGUAAACAACAUUCAUGUCCGUCCGUCUGCUCUCCAUCCAGCUUUCAAUCAUUUCGUUCGAUCUUGUUCGAGUAAAACAAUCGUUGCCGCAUCUGACGUAAUCGCUGAAAUUCCUCCCAUCCUGCCCAACCUUAUCAAAUUUCUUGCGAAAGCCGCGUCAGGCUAGAACAAACAAACAAUAUAGAAACGUAAACCGCAUUUCCAUUCUACACUUUUCGCAAGUCGCGAUUAGGAAACCCAUCUUAUCAGCACAGUACGCGCUUCUCCUCUCUCCAGAUAACGACUACUCACACCAAUUAACGAAACUUUCCCUGCAAUCAUUCGUUUCACCUGCUGUCAAGAUGGGAGCAGGUAUUAUCAGGUGUCUGCUGCUGUACGGUUCGUUGCUGAUUGUUGCGAUCGAAUGUCAGAUAUGCGAUCGCCCGGAAACCUUCAGUCCAGAAUGCGUCGCAGGUGUGGCCAACAAUUUGUCGCGUACGAAGGGCGGACACAUCGGGAUCGUCGCGGCGCGUAUCAACGAUCUGAUGGACGCGCCCAAGACUUCCCUCUUAGUUGCGCAGGAGACUUACAACUCGACGGAUAAAGUUCUUAGGUCUCUGGACAUGUCCGUAGGAGCCAUCGCUGAUGAUCACUUGGUGCUCAGGGAUUCGCAUCUGCUGAUACACAUCUUCAACGCGCGGACAACAAACAUCGCCGGCGUCAUCGUCUACGAGAACGACGAGGGUUUCAUAUCGGACGCGGAGAUUUACCGCAACACCUCGUUGGAUAAAGCUCUGCAGAUUGGCCACUUUAAAGCGGCCGCUUACAUGCCCGAAGACCUGCUGGAGCAGAUCAUCGCGGACGUGCAAAAACCGAUAGUUGCCGUCACUGUGUUCCUGAAGGAUGGAUUGUUCGCGCUGCGGGAUCAGAGCUUAGGAGAAGUCGUGUUCGGCGUCAUCAUACCGGACUUUCGUGGCAAGUUCGUGACGCCCAUGAAGCUGGCUUUCAAGAUCGCCGAGGGCGAUAACAGAGAGAAGGAUUGUGCACAUUGGAUCUACAACGACGGUAUGACGAACGGCAAAUGGGACGAAGGGCAGGACAGCAACGUGUGCGGUGCAGUCGAAGUGUGCGAGUACUACGAGGUCACGCAUUCGGGAAUGCUUGUUUCCGGCGGCGAUGAUGACCGGAAGAAGCACAGGGAUGCCCUUGAACUAAUCACGUUCAUUGGAUGCAGUCUGUCCUUCGUCAGUCUGCUGGGCAUUUUCAUCACAGGCAUUCUCUUCAGCAAGUGGAGAGCCAACAAGGGUAAUAUAAUCCUGCUCAAUUACGCGCUGGCAACUCUUUUCGAGAUCAUCACCAUGUACGUCUCAAAGUACUUCAGAGAGACGGCCCUCUGCGACAAGACGUGGUGCUUUGUCAGCGGUCUUUUCUUCCAUUACUUCGUCCUCGCCCAGUUCUUCUGGGUGCUGAUCAUCUCAUAUUUGCAAUACAAACGCUACGUCCAGAUUAUUGGAGUACCCACCAACAAGUUGAUUCUUAAAUCGUGUCUGAUCGCAUGGCUCGGACCUUUGCCCAUGAUCAUCCUGCUGUGCUUCUUCUUCGACGGCAACUUUGUCAACAACAAUGCCGACGUCUGCUAUCCCUCCGGCUGGCCGCUCUACGUUGCGCUGAUUGCUCCCAUCGUCAUCAUCGUCCUCGUCAACUUCGGAGUCUUCGCCAUGAUCCUCAAAUCAAUCUUCCACGACAACAUGGAAAUACCGAGGCUGGCGGACAACGUGAUGAUCCUGCGCGUCCGCCUCGUCUUCCUGCUCUUUUUCCAGCUAGGUCUCUGCUGGAUAUUCCUCUUCCUCGGAAAGAUCAGCAUCGUCUUCACCUAUCUCUUCGUAAUCACCGCCCCGAACCAAGGCGUCGUCGUUUUCUUGCUCUUCAUCGUCUUCAACAGAGCCAGCAAUCAAUUCUACAAGCAAAUGUGCGGCUGCGACCCAAAGAAAUUCAACGGAAGAGUACAGGAACCAUCAACGCGUUCCACAUAAUCUUCAAAAUCCAUCACAAUGGAUCAUUAAAAAUCUCAAGUAUAUACAAAUUAUGAACACUACAGUUAAUCCGGUUGCAUACCGCAAUUAAUAUAAACUAUUUAUUCCUAGAUUAAGUUUUAAUAUUAUACGCAU